AUGCACGGCGGCUCGCCGGCCUCCUGGCGGCGACGGGGCGGUGGCGGCGGGCGACGGGCGCCGCGCCACAGCCAGGGCUCCCUCUUUUCCGGCGGCGAGCCCGAGCUCAGUCCCGGGGAUUGCCCCUUCCAGGCCGUCUCCUACAUCAACGUGGGCGUCUUCCACGUCUUCGACGAGGCCGGCGUGGAGGUGCACUGCGGCGGGCACCCCUCCGUCGAGCUGCCUGGCUACUCGCCCAUGGACCCCGAGCUCAACGCCUCCUACCCCUACUGCUACCCGGUGCCCAGCGAGCAGCCCCCUGCCUACGAGGAGAUCUACCCCGGGGAGCCCUGCGCUCACGGCACCUAGCGCGGACCGCCGGCGGGACGUCCGGCUCCCCGCCCGGCCCCUGGAUCUCCGUGACAGCCGGGAGCGGGACCUGCACCGGGACUGGGAGCGGGCCCGCCAGCACCUCGCAGCCGCGGGGCUCGGGGACGAAUCUCGCAUCACCGACGGGAUGGCCCCUCUGCCGCGGCCGCAGCUUGCCACGGGCGGGGUGCCGCCGUGCCUCUGGCUCUGCGGAAGCUUCUCCUCCCUUCUUCCCUGCUUUCCCUUUCCUCCCCCUCUUCCUUCACCCACACCGACCCUUCGUCCGCCGGCGGCUGAAUUUUCCGAAGGCUGCGCAAGAAACGCCUAAGGGUUGGUUCCUCCCGUCACCUCUCCUCUGUAGCCAAGUUUAGUUCCCUUCAAGUGAUUCAUCAGUCUCCAGCUUUAGAAGUCCAGAGUUACCCAUUUAUGAUAACCAGCCAGUGUAAGGAAAAGGUGUCAUGAAGCUUCUUUACCUCUCAAAAGAGCUAAAUUUCUAAACAACGCAGAGACAUUUGUGUCACGUUUACUAGAGGUGUAUUGGGGAUCUUUAACGUUUACACUACUCCUUGGGAGAAUUGAGUUCUGUUUAAGAUUUAGUGAGUUAAAACAUUCGUUGGUCUUGUAAGAUGCACAUUGAGAAAAACCUGCACUUUGAAAAAGAAACAGGAAAAAAAAAAAUCAACGUUUUUGUACACUGACGUGCCUGCUUUUGUUGAUAACUUCUUACUGUAAAAGCUUUCAGAAGUCUAUAGUGAAAAUGUUUGGUAAAUUCACUGCAGUUUAAAAUUGAUGAUUAGUUCCUUUACUAAAAUUACUGAGAUGUUGCUAGGAUAUGGCAGUUAAAAAGGAAGUCCAAAUGUCAUACACAUUCCUUUUUGUAAACAGGUUCUGUGUUUUUAAUGCAAGGCAGGAUUUCUUUUUGUUUUGCACAGGUGAAGGGUAUAAUUCUAUUUUGUACAACUACAUGGUUUACCUUGUAAAGAGUUCCAUUUUAUCUGUUACAAUUCAUCAAUCUGGUAAGCUUGAAUAGUACAAGUUUUAUUCGAAAAAUAUAUAUAUAUUGUAAACAGCCUUAACUGGUGCAGUAGUCACAGUUUUAAAGGAGAGGUAAAAAAAAAAAACCAUCCUGGAAGACAUCUUCCACAUGUGUUUUCAAAACGGUAUUUAUACUCUUAUUUUAAAGUAAGGAAUUUUUUGUUUGUUUUGUUUAUUUAAAGAAAGACCACUAUGAUUUCUGAAAAGGGGGAGGGGAGAAGUAAUGGGAUUGUAUUCUGUUAACUCUUCAUGAACUUAGAAGUAUUAAAAAGGUUUUCUGCAAAAAGAAAAAGUGCUAAAUCCUCCUUUUGGAUUUUGCUGUGGAACGCCACUACCAGAUAGUGUAAAAAAAGUAUGAAUUAAAGAGAAGCAGGUAUGGCAUAUUUUAUUACAUCAUUUGAGAACAGGCAAAGGCUUGAUUUCAUGUCGCACAAAGAACCAAAAAGCAACUCUCCCGGUUGCGUUUGGUUCAGUACCUCCUCCUCCCGUUACAGCAUACUGAAAUGAAGUAUUACAAAAUAACCUUUUUGUUAAUCCUGUGUUUGGAGCCUGCUGCAUAAUGCCAGUGUAUCAGCUACCCAUAGGCAGAGGGGGGAAAGAGAGAGGAGAGUGAGUUAAGGGUAUGCAAAGUUAGUCUAUUUCUGUGGUUGAUGGAAGAUUAUUUUGAACUUUUUAGCUGCAGAGAGGCUGACGUAAUUUGCAGCCUUAGAACUGGAGAGAGAAGAUUUUAGCUUAAAAUAUUCAAAUAUCUCUGCACUGUUUUGUUUUCUAAAAUGUUUUGGCUUGCACACUUUGUAUAAUCUAAAAUGCAGAAUGCCUGAGAAGUCUCAAAGUUGCAAACUGAUGUCUGUGAAGCUCACAAUUAAAGCUCUGAUCUAGAGAAGAGACUAAAUAGCAGCAGUUGCCAAUUUGCCAAGUAGUUCUAAAUAGAAAUUUAAAAUAGAGCUCCUUUUGACCAGCAGAUUUCCUAGUGUGGAAUGCCAGUCUAAAACAUAUGCCCUAGCUAAUUCCCAUUUUAGUACUGAAGACUGGUUUUAUGCUGCCUCUCUGCAGAUGCACCUCCUUAACCCAUUACGGGAAAGUGACUGGAAGUCCCAUAAUCUUUUCCUAAAAUACUGAUUUAGGCACAAGACCGAUUCCAUAAUGUAUUGCUCAUACAGAUGAGAUUUUGCAAAAUGAGUAACUAAAGCAAGGAGGCUAAAUCCUUAUGUAAGUCUCCAAUUGGAUGAGUUUAUGAGACAGCAUAGUACCCGAUACUGAAUUAAAUGGGAACUUCUAGACUGCAGGGUGAUUGUGAAAAGCAGACCAGCUAGGUGCCUAAAUACAGAUGCAGACAUGUAAUAAUAGUUGUUGGUUUUUUAAAAAUUGGCUAUAUACAUCGUAGUUCAUGGAAGUUGUAUUCUAGUUUUACUUAAGGAAUUGAUUUUUGACAUAAAAAGACAGCAUUUUACUUAAGAUGACUAUUUUAGGAAUUAUGAACUAGACAAUUCUGAAACUCCAGAUGUUCCAAAGAUCAGUGCUCAGGGAAAUAAAUGGGAAGUCGAGAAAGCUACCUAUUAUGCUCAAUUGUUUAAAUGUAAACAAUUUUAGACUAUGAAUUUUUAAGAUUGUUAAAUUCAUAAUUUUUUUUUUCUGUGUAUGUGUGUACAUGCCUGUGUAAGUGUGUUUGUGUUUUAUUUAAGUCUUUCCAGAAUGCCAUUGAAUUAGAAUAUUUAUUUGUUGCUCAGUUUUAGUUCCCAAAUUUCUACUUUUCUUCAUUUGGGCUUUUAUCCCCUGUAAUAGCUUAAUUUAGUGAUGGACAGAUUGCCAGAAUAAUGUCCAAGCUGGACUCCCACAGAAACCAGUAGGCAUCAUUUCAUUGACUUCAGUGGAUCUGGGUACAAAUGAUAUGUAACACCUACUCUAAGUAAUCUUCAAAGCAGUCUUGAUCUUCUGGCAUGACAGGAUGCAGCAGUGGCAUAUUAUUUCUCAGUUAUUUGUGGUUUGUAUGGACAGCAGUAUUAAGGGAGGUCACCUAUGGCAUUAUACGCAUUUUUUUAAAAGCAGGAAAAAAAAUUGGCAGGCAAAUUGACCAAACAAGCCAUGUUUUCUUAAAGAUGGUAUAUCAGUGUUUCAGGUACCUGGUGACUAACUUUUCUGAUAAAACACCACACGAAUUUAUUUCUCGGUGAGAAGAAACUUCUAAAUACAGGAUACAAGAUGAAGCUUCACAAGCAUGAUUGCAGUAUUGUGAAGCUGUUUUUAGUAAAUCUGAAUCAUCCUUAUAUCUUCUGAGCAAUAAUGUUAGAGUGUAUAAACUAUACAGUGCUGAAAUUGAAAAUAGGCUGGUGUGGGAAGCAUUGAAGCUUAGGUUAAUUACCUGACAGGACUCAUACCAUCCCUUUUUUUUCCUUUCUCUGUCACAUGCUUGUAAGGGGACUGCAAACCUGAUCGAUUCAUGUCACUGGAGGGUGUUAACUGCAAGGCUUUUGCCUUAACUAGCAAGGCCAGGGAGAGCAGAAGAGAAACAUCAUGUAUGUGUUGUCAAGUCUCCAUUUUGCCUAGCUGAAGUACUGACGAGACUGCUUUUUGCCCCUUGGCUUGCUGUUUUAAUUUGCUUACAGCUUUACUCACAUCUGUUCAAAGGGAGGGAAGAAUAGAUUCUGUUUUGGUCACAGUGGAGUACUGAUUUAGUAGCAGACUGCUCUCAGCUUUCCUGUCCCUUCUGCAGGUAAUAGCGGCUAGUCAAGGGAUGAAACGGUGGAAAAUCAAGUCUGCUGUCUUUGAUGAGACAGGAUUUUCCUUCAUGUGGAAAAAAUAUAUUCCCACCAGCCUAUUAGCAAUUCACAUGAAUUAUUUUCACACUCCAACAUCCUUGCUUAAGUCUGUUACUUAUACUUCGCAUUGUAAUUGACAGAAUAUACAUAAAUCUAAAAACAGCUAAAAAUGAUGUCAGAGGGAAAUUGUGUUCAAGUAGUACAGAUUUUACUCGAAAGUUUGAUUUCACUGUAGGACUUCUUUGGUUCACCAAAAAGCGCUAUGGUGGCUGGUACAACUUAGAUAUAUUUCAGACAUACUGUUUAAUAACCAGAAAAGGUUUCUGAAUGUUCACAUGAGAACGGCAAUCUGUUUCUGCUUUUGGAUAUAGUACCUAUGAAAACCUUUUCUUCAUUUUGCCAUUUAAUCCCAGAUUGAUCCUCAAGAAAAUGUCAGUAAUUGAUCUUGUAACUUUAGGAUCAAUAAAAUAAGUUUUAAAGCA